AUGGAGGUUUCUGCUAAUGCGCUUUGCAGUACAAAUUUUACUGAUUGUUGUGUUGUCUGCGGAGAUAAAGCAGUUGGGAAACACUAUGGGGCUGUCGCUUGUAACGGCUGUAAAGGAUUUUUUCGUCGAAGCGUUUGGCAAAAUCUUCAGUACACCUGUCGGUUUGAGCAAAAGUGCACAGUCGACAAGGACCAUCGUAAUGCUUGCCGGUAUUGCAGGUUCCAGAAAUGUCUUCUUGCGGGAAUGAGGCAAGAGGCAAUACAAAAUGAAAGAGAUCGCAUAGGCAGCACAAUAAGGAAUCGUAAACGAAAUUGUCGUUUAUCUCCGUCCGGCCCAGAAGAAACCAGUAUUAACGAGAUAUUAACUGUUUCAUCUCGAAAGAUUAUGGACACUGUAUUUAGUAUUGAGUAUCAGUUUCAAACUAUUCGAAACAAAAAUGGUACUUCUGCUGAGGAAUUAACAAAAAAAUUUUCCUCCAGACAGGAGAAUAUUUCAAACAUAGUUUGCUGGACAAAUCUUUUACAUCCUAUUUCGGACCUGCCGUUUUCAGACAGGCCCUUCAAACAGAGUCCGAUUUUUAAGGUUUUGUUAAUGACGCACAGCUUUAGUGCAUUUUCACUUCUCAACACCAUGCAACGUUCUUUAUAUUCCCAAACUAUUGUAUUACCCAAUAAUACGUCACUACCAAUCCCAGCAGACCGUGGAAACAAAUUAUCUUUCGCUCUUACUCAACUUCUUGACGAGUUGCUUUUGCCGUUAAGGCAAACUGCAGUUACAGCAGCCGAAUUUGCAAGUCUAAAAGCGAUUUUACUUCUCUCACCUAACGUAUCUGGUCUAACCGCUACUGCACGUGUUAGACUGCAACAGGCUAGAGAUGACUUGCUCCGCGCCUUAUUUGUACAUCUCAGUCAAAUUCACUCUCCUCACGAUGCCUCGUUCCGAUUGUGUAGUCUGCUAAUGAUUGUCCCCUCAUUAUUUUCUCUCUCGAAUAAUUUGACAAAUAAUAUUCAUCUUGGUGCUUUGUUCGGCCUUAAUGAUAUGCCCUGUAGUUUUCAAGAUGGUUCUGAUAUAAAACAAGAAGCAACUAUGGGACUGAUUGAGAAUACGCCCACGCCAAGAACUUUGCCUUCCAGUUUGAGUCCGUCGCAGACACUCUUCAGCUUUCCGACAACGCCGAAUUUCCCAGCGAGUUUUUCCCUUCCUAUUUUAAAUAGGCUCAUCACAUCGGUAGGUUCAUUCUGA